AUGGCUAUAAAUCACAUUGGGACCUCUGGAAAAUCCACGAAUCAUGCUUUUGCACAAAAUUUAUCCUCUAUCAGUGUAGAUACAGAUCUGACCAGAGCACGUGAAUCGCGACAUGAAAUAUUUCACACUAAAAGCUAUGAAGUUACAGAUGACCAGCUGAACACAUACAUUGAGGAGAUGAUAGAUGUGCUUCAAGACACAAAAUGUCUAGCAAGCUAUCCAGAUGCACAACAAGCUGUGGAGGAACUUAAAAGGCUUAAGGCAAACCAGAUAUAUAUUAGUGAAGAAGAUGCGAGUGCCGUCAUGGAUAUAGCACUAGAAGCAGUAAGAGAAAGCAAACAUGAGGCCAUUAGUGAAAUAGAAAAUGCAAGAGCUUUAACCAUCUAUGAUAUUGAUUCAAAGCAAGGCGGAAAACAAAUUGAUGAAGAAACAAGGUUAACCAAGAGACAAGAACUGCGAGCACACAUAAUUGAAUACUAUGGGCGAUAUUACUCUACAACUGACAUUUCUCCUCUCGUUCAAAGUAAAAAAAAUGCUAUAGAUGAACUGUAUACACCCCUUGUCAUCCUUAAUGAAAACCAGAAGUGGGAUUUCAAAGAAAUUGAACAUCUUUAUGAGCGAAGCAUUUUUUUCUUAGAGGAUGAUAAAUAUGUUGACUAUUUUAUAAGAGAUAUUAGCAGAUACCAACGCAAGGCAUUUUUCAAUAACGGCAGUAUGUUGCAUAAUGUGUUCCUCACUGGUGAAGCAGGAUUUGGGAAAACUACAUUGUGCAAAAAGCUUCUGUCUGUGUGGUGCAACAUGCACAAAAGUGAAGAACUCAGUAAACCUGCCCUAAUAUCAAUAGGACAAGAUUGGAAUCUGGACUUUUUUCAGUUUGUAUUUUACAUCUGUUUAAGGGACACAAAUAAAGAGAGCUCUCUAGAAGAAAUGGUUAAGAGACAAUUACUGCCCGCUAAAUAUCAUGACACUUUUGAAGAAAUACUUGAGCAUGUGCCUGAGAAAUGUUUGUUUAUAUGUGAUGGUCUUGAUGAAUGGAAUCCUCCAGAGGGUAUGCCAAAAGUUCCAAGAACGUCACCUGGAUUGCCUUUAAGAAAAAGCAAGUCUAAUUAUGUGACAUUGUUUACUGCACGUUCUUGGAAAUUGGACAAUAUAAGACUUUCAUCAGGUGAAGUUGAUGCCAUGUUAGAUAUCAAAGGAAUUGUCCAUCACAGAGAGCUGAUAGCAAAGCUAUUGCGACUGUUAGAUGAAAUAUCAAACAAACAGGUCACUAGUGAUACAUUCUUGCAUGAUGUGAGAAAAAAGGAAAAGUUGCAAUCGUUGAUGAAGAACCCAUUGGUCUUAAAAUUGAUAGUGUGUCUAUGGUAUGACAAGCAGAUGCUGAAUGAAUCAUUAACCUGUGUGUAUAGUGACAUAAUUGAAUUAUUUCUACAUCAUGCAACUAUGAGAAACAGUAGAGACCAUGAUUUCAAGAAUGAUGCACGUCAUACAUAUACAUGCAAAGCAGAUAUUUGCCCUUUUAUCGCAAAAGAUAGGCCAUUUAUUAGGAAAAAUUCUUACUUAUUAUUAAAGUUGUCAAAACUCGCAUUUGAAACAUUAUUUUCUAAGGAUAAACAAACUAGGCUCAUCUUUAAAACAAGUGAUCUAUCCAGUUACGGAAUUACUGACUCUGAAUUAAAUAUUUUACUGAAAAUUGGAGUUCUGUCACUUCGCAUGGUGGCUAGCACUUCGGUGCUGGAAGAAAAAAAAGAAGUGGCAUUCAUUCAUUCAACAUUUCAGGAGUAUUUCGCUGCCUGUUAUAUAACUAGUAGAGAUGAUAUCAGAAUUGAAACAAUAUUAAGACAUAGAUGCAUUUGCUUGCACGAUAUUAAGAAUUUGGAAACAUUUUUAGUUUUUGUAAGUUGCAUGAAUGUAUCAACUAUGCAUAGAAUUUCCAUUUUUUUGGCUGGUUUUGUGAACAAUGAUACUCAUAGGUGGCAUAGGCAAUUUGUUCUACCUUCUUAUUCAGCAGCUGAAAUCUCAGAUGUUUUAUUUACUUGUUUAAGUGAGGCAAAAUGUGUUCAUGAUACAGCUGUCAGAAUUAUAGUGAGUGACAUUUUUUACCCCAUUAAAGAAAGUGAACUGUUAAGGAAUGUCGAUUUCAAAGAGACUAAAUCAUUGGUCAUUAAAACCCAAGUUAUAGACACAAGUAUCUUAUUUUAUUUUAAGCAGUUAGAAACACUUAAAGAUUUUUCUGUAGACCUACCAAUUCAGGAAACGUUACAGAUUAUGGAGUCAUCACAAGAAUCUCUAAAGUAUAUGUUUCUUAGAAAAGGGUUACAAACUUUGAGUAAUCAGUACCUUGCAGAAUUUCAUACCUUAAUUCAAAGUAUGCCCCAGCUGCAAUAUAUAGCUUUAGAAAAUGUUAUGUAUUUUAAAUCAAUGAUGGCCAUUGAUCAUUUUCUUAAAGCCUGUAGGGAAUAUAAACACUAUAUGGAUCGUCGUUGCUUCCAUGGGGUUUACUGCUUACCACAUUCAACAAAAUUGGAGGAAGAUGAAUACUGUAGUAUAGUAAUAAAAGUUGCUGAAAAUUCUAACCAUGAAUUUACAAUGGAAGGAUCACAUAAAAGUAUAUUCAGACCUGAAGACUCUACACAUGUCAUGAGCCUGAAAAAUGAAAUACCCAUUCAAUGGCUUACAGAUUUUGUUGGCUGUCUGAAUAUAUUAGAAUUAGUUGAUGUGAAAAUGUCAUUUUUGUCCUUGAAAUCAAUUUUUGAGGAAGUUGGAUUCCCAAACAAUUAUGAAGACAUGUCCAGGGAACAUGAGCUGUCUUCUUGUGAUAUUAUUUACAAAAUCACUGCUCUGUGUACUAUUCAACUAACUCUGACUGUUCGAGGAAAGAUAAUACAUCAAUUAAAGGUAUCUGAUUUGGAGCAACAAGAUGACCCAGAACAUCUUUUAUCAUUUUUAAUAUCCGACUACGAAAUAGAAAACUUCGAGUGUUCAAGUCACUUUAGUCAUCUGAAUGUGUUUAUAAAUGAUAAAGUGUAUCCUAAAAUAUGUACUGUUGAUUGUGUAAAUAUGAAGUUGCCUUCAUUGAUUUCAGUUUUAUCAUGGAUUAUGAAACUUCCAAAUACUGAAAUAAGGAUGACAUCAGAACAUGUAUGCUUUCAGAAAAUUAAGAGAAGUACACAUGGUGUUUCUCCUACCAUUUCUGUAAAAUUCUCUAAUACUUCUCAUUCAUUAAUCAGAGAGAUAAAAUCCUAUCUUUCACUGGAUUGUGACAUCUCAGAGUUUCAUCUUGAACAUGUUUUUCUUGACAGUAUCUUUGACUUUGAUCCAAGUAAAGUAACUAGUUUAAUUUUAGACACAGUGACACUCACAUUUGAAACGUUAACUGGCAUAUUGGACAGACUUAAAGAUUGGAUCUAUAAUCCAUCUAUCACUGUGUGUUUUUCGGAAAUUAUUGUUGUUGGAAAGGGAGAUGUUGGCCCAGAGAUAAGUGUUGAGUAUUGUAAAAUAUUUUCAGGACAAAUUUCUGUUAGACGGAGGAUAAUUGUCUUCAAAAAUAUAUUAAAUGAAGAUAUUUCUAAAGUGAGACAAACCCUUCAGUUACUUAAUGAUUUUAAAGAAAUGCUUCGUAGAUCAUUUUCUAUCAUAGCUAUGAAAAAUUUACAGAUAGCACACAAAAAUUUGAAAGAUCUUAUUUCUGGUCUGAACAUACUUUGUAAUGACCCAGUGAUAGAAUUGAGCAAAGUUGCAUUACUUGACACAAAUGGAGAAGGGUCUGAAAAUGUUAUAGAAACAUGCUCUCAAAACUGGUUGCCACAGAUACAUGUUAUUGAUGAAAAUGGAAUGUUGUCUGUGUUCAAAGAAGCCUGUAUGUUUCGUACUUUAGUAUGUACAACUACAGAAAAUGACAAUAUCAGUCACCUGACACGGUUACUACCUACAUGUCAGUGUUUGGAAGAACUACGAUUAUUAAAUAUAAACAUUAAUAACAUGACCUUUGACUUCAGUUCAGAAAUGAAAUCUCUUCAAAGAAUAUACCUUUCUCGCAUUAAAGCAACAAGUGCAUCAUUGCAGAAGCUGUUGGAGAGAAUACCUAUGUCUGACCAGGUAGUAACAGUUUAUCUGAAUAACGUGUUUCUGCUGGAUAAAUCACCACUGAUAUUUCUGAAUACUGUUCAGGAAAUGAAACAAGUCCAUGUAGAGACAUUUAGUAAAGUGAAACAGGUGUUUCUCGAACACAGUUUUUUCUUUGAUGAUACCAAUGAUAAUUCGCAGUUCUUCCGGAUGACUGUGAGAAAAUAGCUCAUCCACGUAUCAGCAAGAAAACAUUUUUUUCUGAGCCAAAAAACAAGUAGAAUUAUUUGUUUUCUUUGCCACAAAUUUCUGUUGUUUAGGCUGAAUGAUUAUUUUGAAUUGGUAAAUUACAAAUUUUCAACAGACAAUUUAUGGGACUUUUACUUGUUUGUUGGGAUUUUGACUUAUCCGCAAAAUCCACAAUAAUAAGUCCCCCCACCACCAAUAUUUUUAUUUCACAGUUGGCUAUUGCUUAAACACCAAGAGCACAACCUGUGAGUGUAAAAGUGUUUGACCUAAGUUAGUAUGCAAGAAAGGAGUUAUGGUUCUGGCCUGAUGAACAAAUGUAAAUCCUCAAAGCCAAGUACUCAAGAAAAAUGAACCUAUACAAAAAGGUGACCAGGAAAUAUCAAUUUUCUAAGAUAAAAAAGGCAAUUAUUCUUACAAAAUACAAAAUGAGUUACGGUUCUUGACCUACUUACCAAACGAUGAUGAACAAACUUCGAAAGGUUCAAAGUCAUAGCUGAGUUAAUCGUCAAACAUAACUUUCUUUUAUUUUUUUUUUAUUUAAAUUCAUCAACACUAAAUUUACAAAAUCUGUGAUUUAUUUUUAUAAUUAUUCACAAUUAUAUCUAAUAAAAACAAUUAUCUGGACAAAUAUUGGAUGAAAAAAAAAUAAUUUGGUGUUAGAUGUUUUCUUUAGUUCAUGUCAGUGUAAAAUGUAAAAAAAAAAAGAAAA